AUGUCAACGUGGACAAUAAUAGGUAGAAAACCUGCUACAGGCAGCAAUACACGUGUAGAUAUAACUUUUUUCAAAAAUGGAUUUAAUGUAAACGGUUUUGAUAUGGAGGUGUAUGAUGAUGUUCGCAAUGGUCAUACCAAUUUCAAAGAAUCUAUCAAACGAGGCGAAAUACCAAAAGAAGUUUUGGAAUCAAAACAUUAUCAUGCAAGUAACAUCGACUAUUAUUUCCAAGAAAAAGAAGAACUUGGUGAAUCAUUAGCCUGGCGAAAUUACCAGUCGAGUCGGGUACAACUGCAAGAUUAUAACUCCGACUGGCCAAAAUUAUAUCAAAAGGAAAGAGAAAGUAUUCAUAACGCUCUGCGAACAUUCUACAGCCAUAACAUUCAGCCCGAGAAAUUAUUUGAUGUAGAGCAUAUAGGAAGUACAAGUGUUGAAGGAAUGUGUGCGAAACCAAUGAUUGAUCUCUUAAUUAUAGCUGCACACUACGCAAGAGGCUUACAUGGGCAUGGUUGGAACGUUAUUAAUGUUCUAAUCCAAAUGGGUUAUCAGAUGCGAUGCCCUCAAAAGCUUGCCUGUAAUAUUGAAGAUUGGCUUCAUGUAGAUGGUGUUCUCAUAAAAGAAAAGUUCAUCAUUCAUAUGGUUUACGUAGAUAAUUUAUCAGAUACCUCAGCUUCCGAUUUUAUCGCCUUUCGGGAUUACCUUCGUACUCAUCCUCAAGAUCAUUCAGAUUAUUCUGCACAAAAGAUAAAAAUAAGUUCGAAUCCUCUGGCGAUUAAAGAUUAUGCACAAUAUAAGAAUAAGAUUGUCAACGAUUUAAUGGAUAAAGCAACUGUGUGGUACCGAGCAAAUCAGAAUUUUAUACACAUUGGGACGUUUAGUAUGGAUACAAAUCAAUGGUCAUGCUGCUGCGCAAAGGAAAAUGAAGCAAGCAAAGAUGAUAGGCGUAAUCAAUUUUGCUACGUUGGAUGUUACAAUCCAGCGCUAAAGCUUACCAUUUAUCACCCAGGACGAUUCCAGUAUGAUGGAUACCGUAUGGACAAUGGAGCUUGGACAUGUUGUUCAGAUGGAUGGUAUUCCAAUGGGUGCAAGAAAGUUGGGAUACCACUGUUCUUCUCGACCGGGCGCUGUAUACUUGGUGAUUGCGAUCGAUGGGAUGUAGAAGGCGUUGGCCGCUGGUUACAAUCCUUGAAGCAUAUUAAUAAAGACUACACGACUAGUUUUCUGACACACGGUAUUGAUGGAUAUCUCUUGAUUAAUAGUGUCGACGACGAAGUUCUACGAGAUGUAGGAGUGUCUACUGUACUACAUCGUCGGGUGAUAUUAAAGGCUAUAGAUGAGCUGAAGCAGAAGUCGUCUUCUUGA